GCCCCCACACGUUUAUGCACAAAUACUGCUACCAUUUCUAUGAGUUCAUCACCACGUCUUGCAUCUGUACCUGCUUCUAGGAAUCUUCAAUUUUCACCUACAUUAGGGUGCUCACGGACCUGAUAUAUGUCCUUUCUCAGCCCUGGUACCCCACCGCGGCAACCUAGGAUCUGGCAGGCGAUCCAGGGGACGCCAGGCAGAUCACGGAACAGUGCGGGGAGUCCCCAUGGCGCCGCGGAUGGCCCCGGAAAGGGCCUCCGCUUGGCCUGCAUUCCUUAAGCCUGGGACUGUGAGCUUCGCGGACGUGGCCGUGUACUUCUCCCCGGAGGAGUGGAGGUGUCUGCGGCCGGCGCAGAGAACCCUGUACCGAGAGGUGAUGCGCGAGACCUAUGGUCUCCUGGCCUCUCUGGGUGAGAACCUUCCUGGCCGCCUGGGUUCGCGUAGCCCUUGACACUAAGUCGGGGGCGACAAACCAGCGCUCAUCUGCUGGGUGGAGGAAGAGUCCGAAGUGUGGGGACCCGGUGCCCAGGAGCCAGAGGUGGCCAUGUGCAGGACAGAAGUCCACUCAGAUUGCAGGCACGAGAAGGAAGGGAAGAGACCAAGGGAAGAGACCAAGGCAACCAAGAAGAUACUUUCUCCAGAAGCUGGGCCUAUGGAGCCACGCCCCUCCUUUGCUUCCCCUUCUUGCAACUUGGAGCUGCUUUUCAAGAACUCUCAGCAGGGGCACCCCACUGUUGCGGUGCACAACCCUAUCCUAAAAGCAGACCAGCGUCAUGGGUGCCAUGUGUGUGGGAAGAGUUUUGCCCACCAGUCCAAACUGGUGGAGCACCUGUACACUCACACAGGUGAAAAGCCAUUUCAGUGCCCAGACUGCGACAAGUAUUUCGGCCGGGCUUCUUCCCUGAGCAUGCAUCGAGCCAUACACCGAGGGGAACGGCCGCAUCAGUGUCCUGACUGUGGGAAGAGUUUUACCCAGCGGUCCACAUUGGUGGCGCACAUGUACACUCACACAGGCGAAAAGCCGUUCCAUUGCCCUGACUGCAACAAAUCUUUCAGCCGGCCUUCUUCCCUGAGCUCUCACCGGGCCAUACACAGAGGGGAACGGCCUCAUUGUUGCUCUGACUGUGGCCGAGCUUUCACGCAUCGCUCUGGCCUCAUUGCCCAUCUCCGUGUCCACACUGGGGAGAAGCCUUACUGUUGUGCUGAUUGUGGACGCUGCUUCAGCCAGAGCUCUGGGCUCCGUGAGCACCAGCGGGUGGUACACAGCGGUGUGACCCCCUUCACUUGCACUCACUGCGGCAGAGCCUUUGCCCGGGCCGCAUAUCUUCAGUGUCACAUGCGCACCCACACGGGUGAAAAGCCUUAUUCAUGCCCUGACUGUGGACGCUGCUUUCGACAGAGCUCUGACAUGGCAGCCCACAGGCGGACCCACAGUGGUGAACGACCCUACCCCUGCCCUCAGUGUGGCAGACGCUUUCCCACGAAGUCAGCUGUGACAAAGCACCAGUGGGUCCAUAGACCAGGAGCUAAAGGCCAUAAGGACAAAAAAUUCAGUCAGUUAUCUAUAUCCCUAGACCCUAGCCAAGAGGACCCGGAUCCACCUGUGGGCUUCCAACAUUAUCCAGAGAUAUUCCAGGAGUGUGGGGGAUGGUCUUAAAGGCACCAACAUAGAGGGUGAAAUAUGUACAUUGUUUGAGGCCCAGAGGGUUGAACCUAUGGCAUCUUCCUGAAGUCACAGACAUUCUAGGUACUGCUGGUCUGAGCACCGGGUACAGUCUUCUAGGAGGUUUCCAGAUGCAUCUGCACACACUCCGGAUGUACCGUCGUCCUGGCGUCUAUUGGGCUGGGCUGGGCAACCCCACUAGAGCUCCAUGAGAAGCGAGGGCCUUUUCCUGGCUCAGAAGUAUUGAGGGGCCUGAGGAUGAAGAGAGCCUCGUUGAAGUCAUCGUGUCUUUAAUGCAGAGGCUAAAGUUGAUGGCUCUGUGUGGGUUGAGCCUGAUGCAUUCUCCGGGAUUGAGUUACUUGUCAAGAGCCCGGCGUGGUGGUUCCUGCCUGUGAUCCCCACACUGGGGAGGUAGAGACAGGAAGAUCAGGAAUUUGAGACCAGUUUGGGUCACCUGAGACUGCAUCUAAAAAUAAAGUUACAACUGUAAUUAAUUACAGUUUAAAAACCAAAGUAUCUAUGACAUGUACCAAAGGCCCAAGUUUCUAGGUUCUCUGGAAAAAAUCCAAAAUAUUCAGCCCAGCAAACAAGACAGAAGAGUUCUGUGGUCCAUUCUCAGUACUACAUACACUGUGUGUGCCGCUACAUGCUUGCUUGCAGCACUUGGUAGCUGGUGGCACAAGGAUGUUCUGAACUUUAAGGCUGCCCUCAGUUACAGACAGACAGACAUGUGGGAACUAAAAGGGGGUGGGGGAAAGUGGGGGUGGGAGUGGGGGGGGAGGCUAGCCCAGGUCCGGCCAGAGUUACUCCUAUGCUCUUGGCAGACUGACAUGGGAGGACUGCCAGACGCUUUCAACUCAGCCCCAGGUGGGCAUCUAAGCCACUGACCACAAUCAGUAGGGGUGGACAAAGGGCAGCCCCGGAAGCCAAGGGGCCCCAGGGUGACACCCUGUGCCCCAGGGUUAUGGGAGAAAGGGCUUAGGGAGAGAGGUAAACACGGGAGAGUCUGCGCAGCGGGCCUUGAUGAACAGAGACAGUCUAUGGUUUUAGAGCUUUAAUGUAGAAAGGCAGGGGGAAAGAGAGAAGGUAGAAAGAGAGAGAGACGUGCCAUGGACAAGAAGAGAGAUGGGGGAAAAGGAGGGAGAGAAGAAAGGCUAGAGAGUAAGAGGGAGAGAGAGGAGAGUAAGAGCAAGAGAGUGAGGAGGGGCCAAGCAGCCCCUCUUAUGGUAGGCUGCUAUCUUUACUGUUGCUAGGUAACUGGGGAGGAGUUUAGCCUGAAGGUCAGAAGCUUGGGAUAUUGCUUGGGACCAUGCUUCUCUUGAGGGGGAUGACAGGCCCAAAACCUCCACAGGAGCCAGGGUACCAGGAGACAUGAGAGAACUCCUUCUGUCCCAUUUAGGUGAAUUAUCACCACCGGGUCCCAGGGUUCCACACCUCAGCUCGACUAGAGACCAGGCAGUCUGUGUAUAGCCCGAUGCCCAACACAGACAGACAGAUAGAUAGACACACACACAAACAUACACACACACACACACACACACACACACACACACACACACACACACGAGGUUCAGAUCAGAUCACAGCUACAACUCCCAUGAUUUGAUUUCAGUGUUGGAAGGAGAGAACCAGGUCUGGAAGACAGUGGAUUUUAGGAUUUUCUCAAUCAAGGAGGGCUUGUAUGAAAUUGGAUGGCAAAGAAGGAAAAAAACAAACAAACCCAUAAACAAUUUCUGCUCCUCA